AUGGUUGAAGAUCCCAAAGAAUUAUGGGAUUGCCUUAAUGAAAGAUUUGGACACCACAAAAGGGUGCUCCUUCCUAAGGCAUUAUUUGACUGGACAAAUUUACGGUUCCAGGAUUUCAAAUCCGUAAUUGAUUACAAUUCAAUCAUGCAUGAGAUAGUAUCUAUAUUGAGAUACUGUGAUCAUCCAGUCACCGAUGAACAGAUGAUUGAAAAAACACUCAAUACCUUUCAUGCAAGCAACAUACUGUUACAAGAACAAUAUCGUGAAAGAGGGGGACGUAGUUGUCGUACGGCCAAACAUUUAGUAGACCUUUACCAGGCUUCUGUAAAAGGCAAAGAGAAAAAUGCAGAAGCAAAUUAUGUUAAUGAAGAAAAUGCUCCAUGUCCUACCCUUGAUGUGUCCGAUUUCUUCAUGGACAAUGUUGAAAUUGGGAAUGAUUUCAUCUUUGGAGAAAAUAACAAUGCUUAA